AAAGGGUUCCCAAGCUACAAGCUAGGUAGAGGAGCAUUUCGAUCAUUUCCAUCACUAAAAGAGAGAAAAUAUGGAUUCUGAUGAGAUGAUACAGGAGACACCUUAUAUAGCGGCCAUGAAUGGAGAAUGGCAACACAUGAUUGACUACUAUAAGGAAAAUUUCGAGUACUUGUUCUCUCCAGUUACUCUCUCUUUAGAUACUGGAUUUCAUCUAGCUGUUCACAGCAACGACGAGCAACCACUUAAAGAUUUACUUGGAAUCAUGGAGGGAAGAGAAUUCAUUUUAACCGAGACACGAAACGAAUUUGGAAAUACGGUUCUUCACGAGGCAACCAUCUAUGGGAAUUAUGAGGGUGUAAGACUCUUGGUAGAAUGUUGUCCAGACCUAAUUUCCAUUACUAAUAAGUACGGUGAAACCCCGCUGUUUACAGCUGCUGGAUAUGGUGAGGCAGAAAUAGUGGAAUUUUUAAUCCGGUCCAAACCAGAACAAUGCGUGGUUUAUGAAAACAACCUGUUAUCAAUUCACCGCCAGCGAUGGAAAGAUGGCCUGUCCAUCCUUGGCGCUGCUAUCAUAGGGCAACACUUUGAAACAGCUUUACUUUUGCUAGAACUGGAUGAAUCGCUCCUCAGCUUGAAGGACAAAAAGGGCAUAACUGUUCUUCAACUUCUAGCCCACAUGCCAUCUGCUUUUGAGAGUGGAUUUCCCAUGGGCAUAUUUGAAAGACUCAUCUACUGUUGUCUUCCUGUUCGCCGCGAGGUAAAAUUACAAGUAGAAACUAGUGGCCAGGCACGGAAGGGUGUGGGAGAUGUUGAGAGCGGUUUGGAGAGGAAACCAAGAGGCUAUUUCAAGGUCCUUAAAGAACGAUGUUGGUCAGCAAGGCUAGAAGGAUUCUGGAACCAUAAAAGAAAGCAUGUAUUUGCUUUGAGCCUCGCCAAAAACCUAAUAAAGAAAGAUGAGUCAUGGAAUAGAGCCAAAAUACCAGUUAUGCGCGUAAUGGAAGAAGAAGAGCAGGGAAUGGGUGGGAAAGAAAAUGGAAAGGGAGAAAACGAGUUCCUUGCUGUGGGCCAAACUUCUGUAACGAAGUCAUCAUUAAUUACCAAGGAGGAUAUCCCAUUGUUGAUUGCAACUAGAUAUGGAAUAGAAGAAAUUGUUGGGGAGAUAAUAAAACAACAUCCUCAUGCUAUUGAGCAGCUCAAUGAUCAGGGGCAGAGCAUUUUGGAUGUGGCCGUCAUGCAUCGCCAGAAAGAGAUCUUCAGUCUUGUGAAGCAACAGAAAAUACCGUUGGCUAGACUGCAUCGAAUUAUUGAUAAGAAGGGCAACACAUUGCUGCACCAUGUUGCAGUUGUGACGGAACACAGUGGAGCAACCAAGCCUGGACCCGCACUUCAACUUCAGGAGGAGUUGCAAUGGUUUGAGCAAGUCCGCAAGGUAAUUCCUUCUCAUUAUGUCGAGCAUCCGAACGAUGACGGCAUGACUGCAAGAGAGCUCUUCAAACAUAAUCACGAAAAACAACUGCAUAACGCACGAACAUGGAUCAAGGAAACAACUCAGUCUUGUUCCACAGUAGCUGCACUUGUUGCUACUGUUGUCUUCGCUGCUGCCUAUACCGUGCCUGGAGGUUCUGAUGAUAAAGGCAAGCCCAACUUCAUCAACUCUCCCUAUUUUCUGGCUUUCACUGUCUCGGAUGUUCUCUCCUUAGCAAGCUCCUUGACUUCGCUGGUGGUUUUUCUCUCUUUGUUGACCUCUCCCUUUGAGCAACAAGAUUUCUACAUUUCUCUUCCUCGAAAACUUAUUUGGGGCUUCACCUUCCUCUUCUUCGCGGUGAUAACGACCAUGAUAUCCUUUGGGGCAACAAUUUUGAUACUCAUUCAAACAGAGAGUAAGUUGACAACAUUACUCCUUUCCUUUGCUGCCUUCUUUCCUGUCUCAAUAUUUGCAAUAAUGCAAUUCCGUCUGUACGUCUCCUUUAUGGGCUCUACAUUCAGCAUUCUCAAGAAAAAGGGGAAAGCUCUGCCAUCGUUUCCUGUCCCUUGCCUACCACGGGGGGGGGAUGCUCGGUCCCAAUAAAAAGGCAAAAAGCUCGAUUUGAUUAAUAUGUGAGAAUAAAGUGGCCUAGAGAUUUUUCAUUUUUAUUGUUGGUUUGAACCUCUACCAUUGAUCAUUAUAUUUUGAGUGUUGCAGAAUGUUUGCUUGUUCAAUUUCGUGAUAUUUAUGAGGUUGUGCUCUCUUCAAUGAU